CAAAAACCGCCAGCAAUAUUGUUGACCGCAACCUUGCUUGAAUGGUUUACUUACCACAGUGAAAGUAAUUCCGAAAAUGGCUCACGCUAUGCCAAAUCACUCCAAAAACUUGCAGCUGAAACCUCUGAUGCCGGAGGACAUGCGGUCGGAACUGAUCGCUGCCUUGAAGGUGCAAAAUAUUCGACCAACGAGCAUCAACAAAAGUGGGCGUCGGUUUGUUCUACCCGGAUCUCAAAGCCAUAGCUCGUUGGUGGCGUCACAAGAAAAUAAUGAAGCCGACAAACGACAUCAGUUACGCCUGCAAGCGAUAGGAGAAAUACGGACGUCGGAGGAAUCGUACCUGCGGCAGCUGGACCUGCUGCUGGAGUACUUUGUAACUCCGUUGCGCGUGAACGGGUUCCUCACGGAGAAGGUACACAAUCAGCUAUUCGGCCAGCUCGACACAAUCCACAACCUCAGCCAGGAACUGCUGAAGAAACUUGACGACAAUCUGGACAACGUGGUGCGGGCGUUCACGAAUCUCGGGCCGUUUUUCAAGCUCUACUCCGUGUACGCAUUCGAUUACCGGAAUUCGCUGUGCACGCUUCAAUCGCUGAUCGAUAAGAACCCGACGCUGAAGCGGUACAUAAGCAACACCGAGUGCCGGCCGGAGGUACAGAUGAAGCUGAUCUCGCUGUUGAUACAACCGAUACAGCGGAUUCCACGGUACAAGCUGCUCCUGCAGCAGGUGCUGCUCUACACGAGCCCAUCGGAUGCGGCCUACAAACCGCUGCAGGAAUCGAUUCGGCUCGUCGAACAGUCCGUGUCGCACAUCAACUCCGUCGUGGAGGAUCACGAGAACACACAGCGACUGAUAACGGUGCAGAAUGCGCUCACCAACAAGUCGCUCAAGUUGGUCCAACCGGGGCGCAAGAUCCUGAAGGAGGGUAUCCUGCGCAAGCUCAAAACCGACGGCUCCACCUCGAAGAAGUACUGCAUCCUGAUGUCGGACAUGUUCAUGUACUGCCGCCCGCUGAAAGAUGCCGACGUGCUGCUAACGGACAGCUCGAGCAUUGCCUGUAGUUGUAUUUUUCCGCUGAAAAAGUGUAAAAUCGUCGAGCUGUUUCGAGGCAACUUUAAGAUAACGUGCAGUGGCGACGGCACGAUCUUUAGCUCGGAUGUACUGGACGAGAGUCAUGCCUGGUACGUGGCCGUAAAGGAGGCGAUCGAGCAGCACGUGCAGUGUCGCAAGACGCUACGGAAAGCUUCCAGCAAUCGGAAGCCGCUGAGAAAGAAACACCUGCAACGGCUAGAACCGGAGGACGACAUCCUGUGGCUGCUGCGGCGCAAGACGGCCAGUCCGGAGCGUGUUCAAAAGCAGCAACCCAUAACGCCCUCGAAACGGCGCCGUCAUACGAUGUGGCCGUUCAAACACAUCAACUGCCUUCGACUGAACAGCUCGCUCGGGGAAUCGAGUGAAUCGCAACCCUCGACGGCAACAGUGGUACGCAAUAUGUUUCCCCAAGCGGACACACCCACCGUCGCCCUUGGGGUGAGAUCCGCACUGGGAGUAAAUAGGGUCGAGUCAACGAUGCUCCAGACGUGGAUGGAAGGAAGGGAACUACCGGGGGAAACGACGAGCGAACCUAGAACCACCAACCAAGGCGUUGACAAACAUGUCCAUUUUCGAUUUCCCUCCGCGCACUGGCGCUAUUGACUCCGGACGGGCUUUUCAAACGAUUUGCUUUGAAUAUGAGGACCGUUUGAUUCGUUGCAUAAUUUACAAUGCAUCUUUUUCUCUAUUUCAACUAUUAGAUCUGUAUUUGUUUUAUUUUUUUUCGCACCUCUUAUAGUCACUAGAAUUAUGUAUUUAUUCACUUGGUUAAUGCCAUUAAACUAAUGUUCUUUUGCUUGUAAGGAAAUAAAAUCGUCAUUCAUAGACUUUGG